AUGUCCUCGUCUAGUAGACAUCCACUUAACUUAGCUGAACAACAGAAAACAGUUGAUAGGACGGAGGAUAAUCUGGGACCAAUUACAAUGUCAAAUAAUACUUCUUGUUUUAAUAAUUAUGAAACAUUGAAAGAAAAACAAAUUGUUUAUGGCAUGGCUCCAAUAUUAAAUCAACCGUUCAGAGUGCCUCAAUCUUAUGUGUGUGUUCAACCUACAGCAAACAGUCAAAUUGUUAAUCAAUAUUCAUCAAGCCAUAUAGUAAAUCAACAUCAACAUUAUCAGCUACAAGUACCAUUAACUAGUAACGUUCCGUCUGCUUAUGUGAAACAAGCGAUGUUACAUUCCAGCAUGUAUCCACAACAAGCAUUAAUGUCUUAUUAUCAUCCGUGUGUUAAUACUAAUGUUAUGCUUUCUUCAUCAAUGACUAAUCUUAAUAUUUCAUCAACACCAAUAUCUGCUACUACCAAGAGAGGUCGCAAUGACACCAGUGGUGUUUCGGAAUUGAAUGUACAAGAACGACCGCAGUAUUAUCAGACAGCUCGUAUUUUUAAUUCUCGUAAUGCACCUAACAAGCGUCAUUGUGGAUAUAAUCAGCAGCAAAAAGAAAGUUGGCAACAAAAUUGUGACGACCAAUUUACUUAUGAUAUCACAGAAGGAAGAAACACCGCAGAAUCAGCAUACAAUAAUCAGCAACCUUCAAUGGCCGCUUGUCGAUAUGCUACAUCUCGUUUUCCGUUCUCACCGUUCUCGAUAAUCUUCUCGCAACAAGUUCGUGAAAAAAUCGUCGUCGACGAUCUAACUAAGCAUGCAAGCGAUAAUUGUCAUUUUGAGUUAAAAACUGUUGCCUAUCGACGUGGUCGUUCUGAAAAUAAUGAGUGUUGGAUUCUUAUUUUCGUCGAGAACAGUGAAUCUUUUCCGUUCCUGUACGAACGUAAUAACUGGCCUACAACACUUGCCGGGCAAGAAUUUACAACAAAAAAUUCAUCAACUCCUCCACAGCUAUCGUUGGUUAUUCCUGCUGUCUCAUUACAAAUUGAAUGGGAGGAUUUCGUACAUGAACUAAAAUAA